AGAGACGGUCUAGCGGCUGUGUAUCACUUUCUAAGGCGGUGUAUAGUCUGAACAUGUCUGACGUGAGAAGACUUUUGGCAUUGAUUCUGCUCAUCAGUGGAGUAGCGGCGAAACCAGAAAGUACGGGAUCUUUAAAACCAGUCACGAAUUCUUCAUCAAACGUCAAAGUUAAAACUAAAAAAGUGGAAAUGGCGGAUUUUAAAAACGAAACCAGACUGGAUACAAACACAACCGACAAUGUUGAAGGUUUAACCAACGAGUCUUCCGCUGAAAUCAGUUCGGUUGUUAACCUAACAGCGGAUCCUUUAGUCUUCCAACCUGCGCUGACACGAAAGCUUACAAUUAGAUGUUCUGUCCUCAACACUUCUGUAACACCAGUCAUGAAAGAUAACCCAGGUGGGAAAAAUGAAAUUUUAAACCAAAAGAAAGCAUCCAUGAUGUCAUCACAGGAUGACGUCACAAACCUGCUCUCUAUCGUCAUCACAAAAGUGAACGACGGGACAGGAAAAAACGAAGUUGCAGCAAGAGUGGCCGGGUGUCUGGCUGCUGAUGUGGAGGUCAAUGUCCUGGGUCAGGUGGAGAUUGAAGGAAACACAGAAGGAUCACCUGUGGCAGGUGAAGCUGGCUACCUGCAGCUCACGUGGGACAGACCUCUAGGAAACUCUGCAGGCGCGUACACCUGUGAGGUGUCUGCUCUAAACGCCAAUAAACAUUCCAUCUCCUUAAACACUACAGUACGCGUUCAAGCAGAACAACCUUCUAUUUCAUAUCUGUCCAUGUAUAUUUCUCAACACGACAGGCACAUCGAGUCUUUAACCAAACGAACACUGGAAUUGGAACAAGAAAAUAAAAACCUCAACACUCUGCUGCAAUUUUCGAACUCGAAUCUGUCAGCCGAUCUAACAGCCUUUAAAGACAAGAUAAACGAACAAAAGUUAUCUGAAAUACAAAUAGGAAAUAUAACGUGCCGUGAAGGGAAUAAAUCUAUACGUUUCAAGCGGCCAUUUAAAACUGUUCCUACUGUCACCACGUUCAUGAGUGAUUUAAGUUUUUCCCUCAGCUACCAUAAGCAAUCAACCAAACUAACUGCCUCUAAUGUUGUGAAGACAGGAUUCACAGCAGAGUGUUCUGUUAAUGGUGACACUUCUGCUACACAUGUCUGGCUUGCUAUGGCUCCUUAAUGCUGAACACCACUUCAAUUAUGUAUAAUAAACUAACUAGUCUAACUGCAUGCAAAGAUUUUCGGAUUUUUACUUUCU